CAACACUGCACAGCUCCUUACUUGCUUUUUUUUUCUUUUUUUCUCUCUAUUUUCUAUUCAGAGAAAACUAACACGCUGUCUAUAAGCGCACACUAACAAGCCAGCAGCGAUAGACAAACGCAUACCCAAAUAGAAAUUUUUUUAUAAUUGUUUAAUGAGAAGUAGGAAUAAUAUAUAUUAUAAAAAAUUCCAUCUAUCAAUUUCUCUGUCUCUUCCCCCACCCCCACCCCCUCUCCUCAGAUAUGAGAGUCAUGACUACAUCCUCGGAAUUCUAUUCAGACCAACCAUAGCUAGCUAGACAUUCUUUCCUGGAGAGGAUUAAUUGCGUCCACCUCUUCCUCUUCCUCCUCAGGAUCUCCUCUCUCUUCCUCUUCAUCUUUUGAGGAGAAUAACUAUUUCUCUUCUUUGGAUCACAAGGGCUAUAUAUAUAUAUAUAUAUAUAUAUAUAUAUAUAUAUAUAUAUAUAAAGCUUUUCCAUGGACACAACCCAGUGGCCUCAUCAGGAGCUAGGGCUUGUGAAGCCCAUAGAGGAGAUGAUGGCCGGGGUUGGCAGCGGGGCCGCCUCCGGCGCCGGCGGAGCCUCCAGGCCGCCGGCACAGCUGGUGGAGAGGAGGGCAAGGCCACAGAAGGAGAAGGCUCUCAAUUGCCCUAGGUGCAACUCCACGAACACCAAGUUUUGCUACUACAACAACUAUAGCCUCACCCAACCCAGGUACUUUUGCAAAACGUGUAGGAGGUAUUGGACUGAGGGCGGGUCCCUCAGAAAUGUCCCUGUUGGUGGUGGCUCGAGAAAGAACAAGAGAUCAUCUUCAUCUGCACCUUCCACCUCCUUCUCCACCACCACCACCACCACCACCACCACCACCACCACCAACAACAACAACAACAACUCAAAUAAGAAGCUCAUGACCCAUGACAUCUCCCUCUCUUCUCCCUCUCACAACAUAAAGUUCAGCCAAAGCCAGGACCUCAACUUGGCUUUCCCCUACCACAGCAUGCCUCAUGAGUACACUGAGUUCCCAAACAACAGUAGCUGCAACACCACCACCACCGCCAACAACAUCAACAUUAACACCAGUGGCAGCAGCAGGAACAACCCCUACACUGCAAACAGUACUGUUGGUGCCUUCUCUGCCAUGGAGCUUCUGAGGAGUGGGAUAAGUUCUUCCAGAGGAGUAGGGUCGUUUGUGCCCAUGCCUUUACAGGAGUACCCAGGUGGAUUAGGUUUCCUGCAUGAUUUUAGGCCACCCACCACUCUUGGUUUCCCUUUGGAUCAUGGGGUGGGUGGUGGUGGUGGUGGUGGUGGUGGUGGUGGAGAGGUUGCUGCUACAGUGGGUGGCACUGGUAACUAUGAGAGCUCAUUGCAGGAGAGCAGGCUCCUAUUCCCCUUUGAGGACUUAAAACCAGCUGUGCCUUCAAAUAGUGGUGAGCUCGAGCACAGCAGGAUGCAAAGUGGGGAUCCUCCUGGGUUUUGGAAUGGUAUGAUACAUGGAGGAGGAGGAUCAUGGUAGGAACAGUUUUUUUUAAGUAAAAGGAGUCUUUAUUAUGAUAGAGGAAGAGAGCUUUGCAUGCUUAUUUGUCUACUUAAUUUGGUGUGAUCUUAUGAGUUGGCUAAUGAUUUCUUUGGAGUUUGUUAAGGGACUAACUGCACACAGAUACUUAAUUUGGAGUUCCACUUCUAUCCAUUUCAUUACCUUUCAUUUUUAGUUUCCUUUGUUUCUUGUUCCCAUCACUAUGGACUUGUGAAGCUUCUUUUUAGGUUGGCUUCAAAAGGUGUGUCUGACCAAAGUUAGCCUAGAGAGCCCAAAGUCUCUUUUUUACUCUUUCUCUCUCUCUCUCUUCUUCUUCUUCUCCUCCUCCUUCUUCUUCUUCUCCUUUUAAUUUGCAGGGAUAAAUGGGGAGAUGAUGACCCUAUUUCAUGUAGGCAUUGCACCGUGGUCUAACUAUAAUGGAGGGAGGAAAAAAGGAAAGAAGUAUGGGCACCCAUGUGUUAUAUGUUUUAGGUUUGGAAAUAAUGUAAUUUAAUUAUAGGUAUAACUUUGUAUUAUAUCUGCCAGGAUUAAUUAUCUGGAUCAGCAAAUGUGGGGCGGAAAAAAAAAAUACUGUUUAAUUAUUUGAUUACUAAUAUAUAUAUAUAUAUAUAUAAUAUCCUAAAGUGAGUGCUUUGUGUGUAAUAUCUGGUAAUAUAUGUGGCAUUAAUUUCCUCUUAAUUA